AUGCCUUCCGAAGUCUCCGACAUCAAGCAGUUCAUCGAGAUCUGCCGCCGCAAGGACGCCCAGUCCGCGCGCGUCAAGAAGAACAAGAAGGUCAACAACAUCAAGUUCAAGGUCCGAUGCUCGAAAAACGUCUACACCCUCGUCCUUAAGGACACCGACAAGGCCGAGAAGCUCAGGCAGUCGCUUCCCCCGGGUCUUACCAUCUCCGACGUCGGCAAGAAGAACCCCAAGGGCAGGCACGCGGCCGCAUAA